AUGAAAGGGUUUCCUAAUUACCUUGUAGCUUUGGCACUCAUGGCCUUGGCAUGCUCCAUUGCCUCUGCCUAUGACCCUGCUCCUCUGCAAGACUUUUGUGUUGCAGCUAACUCUUCCACUGAUGCUGUAUUUGUGAAUGGAAAGUUCUGCAAGGAUCCAAAGUUUGUCACUGCCAAUGAUUUCUUCUUUCAGGGGUUAAACAUUCCUAGAAGCACUGCAAAUCUACUCGGGUCAAAUGUCACUAUUUUGAAUGUGGACGAAAUCCCUGGCCUCAACACACUAGGCAUAUCCUUAGCUCGCUUAGACUUGGCACCAUACGGCCUGAUUCCACCCCACACUCACCCUCGUGCCUCCGAGAUUCUAGUAGUCUUAGAGGGUACUCUGUAUGUUGGCUUUAUUACAUCCAACCCUGAUAACCGCUUCUUUAGUAAAAUCCUAAACGUGGGAGACGUCUUUGUGUUCCCAAUUGGUCUCAUUCACUUUGAGUUUAAUGUUGGAAAGAGUAAUGCUGUUGCUUUUGUCGGUCUCAACAGCCAAAAUCCUGGGCUCAUCACCAUAGCAAAUAAUGUUUUUGGAGCCAAUCCUGCUAUCAAUCCAGAUGUUCUCAUCAAGGCUUUUCAAUUGGACAAGAAUGUGGUUGACUAUCUACAGAAAAAGUUAUUUCUUUCUAAUAUCCUUUCUGCUGGGGAUCGAUCAGAAAGUUAGAAAUGUGCCAAUUACCACUAUAGUACUAGAAGUUCUAAUUUAGAUGCUCUACUUGUCCAAACAGCCAAAUGAUACUAUACAGGCUAUUUUAUUGCUAAUUUCUACCAUUCAUUUAAACCAUCAUACCAUAUGGCAUCUUCAGUUUUCUUCCACCUUCAUGGCGGUCACUGUAUGCAAUUCCAUGCUUGUAGCUUUCUGAAUGCAUGAAGAGAAACUCUAUGUUAACUCAAUUUGGGGAGUGUUUUUUGUUUGACAAAGUUUUCUAAUGUGAAAACUAUAUUUGUGUUUUGGUUGUUUGUUAAUGUUUUUGUUUGGAGAAGGGAAAACAAAAAUUUUAACAAAUAGAGCCAUGAUUUUAGAGCACAACAACCUAAAUCUUUUGUUUGCGUUAUUGGGGUGGCCAUACUAUUUCCAUAGUCGUGAAGGUGGUUCGACUAUUCUCAAAAUAUGAGGGUGGCCGAACCACCUCAAAGGCCGUUUGGUGGUUCGAACACCCAUUCUGCAUUUUUAUACCAUGUAGGGCAAUGUAUAACUCUGCAUUUUUAAUAUGGACAGGAUUACCAUCUUUUUAUUUAUUUCUUUAUUAGUUUUCCCUAAUCUCUGUCUU